AUGGAUGUUCCUGAAGGUCGUGGCGUUACUUUGGAGGAAGCUACCGUGAGGACGAAGUGCCCGAUGCGCGGUCAGUUGCUGCCUCGGCCGAUAGUGCGUAAUCUAUUGCCCGAUGAGAUCGGACCCGAUCAGGCGUGGCUGGAACAUCUUCCUUUGGCGGUCCCCGCUGAAGGUGUUACGAAGCUCGUUCAGUUCGUAGAUUUCUUGCGCCCGUUCACUGGCCCGCGCCCGUGCGCGGAGGAUGACCGGCCCGAUCGGAGGAUGGUGAAGAUGAAAGAGUUCGAGCGGAUUGCCUUGUCUAACUGCUACGAGCGCUACCCUGACACCAUCGGGCCCGCCGGGCAAAUCGAUCUGCCUUGCGCUACGCAGACGUCUGCCACCAAACAAUCCCGACGACGCGCGGUGCCUUCCAAGCUGUUCGCGAUAGAGGAGGACAAUGAGAUAAAUUGCAGCGAUUCGUUUCAGAUGUGUCACGGGUUGAUGUGCGAGGUCACCGACGAUUGCGAUUUGGAGCAGCAGGGCCAGGCGAAGCUCCAGGCGUUCCACGACAACGCCGAGGGAAAGACUCUCACGGUCGGAAAAUAUACUACGACGAGCUUCAUGGGACAGAGCGCUCGCGUCACUGCGAACGACGCCUACGACGGUGACGCCCUGCCGUCAGAUGUCGAGCUGGCGUGCGCCUCGCCCGUUGCCGCGGCGCAGCCAUUCCACGGCGCGGUCCGACCGCCGUUCCACGCGAACUUUUCCAAGAAGAACUUGAGGGCAGUCUUCGGGAGACUUGCUGGCAAGGAGGGCCAGCAAGUUCCCUUCGUGGCCCGCCCAAUCGAUGGAAAGCAAGAGACCUUGGACGACGAGUGCAAGCCACGCCGCGGCAGGUUUCUCGAGGACGACAGCAUCCCCCCUCCAGCCGACUACGACGAGAAGAUGGCGUGGUCCUUGGCCCACUGGAAGGUUUGCAUGGCAGGGCAGACGCCCCCGCCGAUCAAUGCCACCAUUGCCCGCGACGUCGCUGGCGGGGCGCGCGGCUUUGCUUGCCUCUGCCAGGGCGAGGCGGGCGCGGCGUCGGCGGAGCACCUCGAGAAGGAGCAGGUGGAGCGGGCCAUGCGCGCGACAGGCUUCGGCUCAGGCGGCUGGGAGGACCGCUCCCGGACGCCCCGUGGCGGCGACUGGGGCGGCGGCGGCUGCGGCCCCGGCGGCUGGGGCGCCGGGAGAGGGACGACCGAGGAGGCGACGGUCGCGGCAGGGACUGGGACCGAAGCCGGGACUGGGACCGCGGCGACCGCGGCGACCGCGGCGACCGCGGCGGCGGCGCAUAGGGCGAAGGCGGUGGACGCCAUCCUCCACGAUGCCCUCGAUGUCAUCGAGGGAUCCCUACGACGCCGGUGCGGGGAAUCUCCAGGAAGACCCCGCUGCCGGACCACCCGCGCAGGCUGCCGCCCCCACCAGGGAGUCUGGCCGAGGCUGGGCCCGUGCGGCCCUGGCGGCGGCGCGGCAGGCCGCGCAGCCGCCGCCCAUCUUUACGCCCGCCGCGCCAGCGCCGCCCGCAGCGGCGCCCAACCCUGCGGCCCGGCAGGCCCGGGCCUCCUGGGGGCAAUGCGCUCGAGUGGCUGCGCUCGAGGCCGCGGCGGGACCGCCGCCAAGCCCGGCGCCCGCUGCGCCCGCUGCGCCCGCUGUGUCCGUGCCGGCGGCCGCCCCCGGGGCCCGGCAGGAUCGGGCCUCGUGGGGGCGGUGCGCUCGGCUGGCGGCGCUCGAGGCAGCCGCGCCGCCGCCACCUGGCAGGGCGCCUGCGCCGCUCGCGGCCUUGGCCGCCAUCACGACCGGGCGGGACAAGCUCUCCUGGGGGCAGCGCGCUCGAUCUGCGGCGCUCGAGGCCUCGCUGGGGCCGCCCCCGGGCUUGCCGCAUCCGCUGCGAACGGCGCGCCCGGAGGCCCUCGUGCGGUCGCCGUCCGGCGUUCUGCUGGUGGGGCGGUGGCCGCCCGCGACCAGGGCCUCCCCGGCGGUCCAGCUGGGGCCUGCAGGGUCGCGCUGGGGUCGGCUGGCGCGCCUGGCGGCGCAUCAGGGCUCCGUGCCCGUGUCGCUCUGGGGCGCCGCUGCGCUCGGCGCGGCCUCGGAGGCCCAUCGCCAUGCAGUCGUCGAGGCCAUUUGGCAGCCGCGCUGCGCCAGCCGAUCACUGUAGCGCGCGAGGCCCUGCCGAUGCGUAGGGCUGCUUCCAUGUGA